UUGGUUCUCAUGUUAGUAGUUCUGGUCUUUCAUUGGUUGUCUUGUUAUGUUUCUGUUUGGUUUGUGCAUUUAUAGCUUCACACGAUCUUGAACUACUGAAGGCUGUACUCUGAAAAAUCAAAUUAAUCAUGGAAGUGAUGAUAACUCUUCUGCUUCUCUUCAGUACAUUUUCUCUGGGGAAUACAGAAGUUGAAGAGUGCCCCUUUGGAUGGACGCCUUUUGGCAAGAAAUGCUACAAAUUCUUCUCUCCGCAAGUUGACUGGAUCACAGCUGAGAAAAACUGUCAAAGCCGUGACUCCAAUCUUGCACCUGUGCGAAGUCAAGUGGAAAAUGAAUUUCUGCUCAGUCUGGUGCCUGUUUCUGCACGUUGUUGGAUUGGUGGUCAUGAUGGGGUAAAGGAUGGACAAUGGUUGUGGAGUGAUGGGACCACCUUUGACUACACCAACUGGUGCUCUAAUGAACCUAGUGGGGGUACUGCGACCUGCUUGGAGAUAAACUGGACCAAUAAACGUUGCUGGAAAGAUCAACUCUUUUCAACUCCAAUGGGCUAUAUUUGUGCUAAAAGCAUGUGA